AGGCCACAGUUUGGAUAUCUCCAACGUGUUUAACCACUGAUAUAGCCUGCCGGUUUGUUGCCUCCGUAGCUUCUACACACUCACUUUUACUCCUAACUUUCUACGAAUAAGCUUAAGGCCAUCAGCUAUUUUCCUUCGUUAAUGGCCGAAGUAGACAACUCAAAAUCUCCAUCUUUAUCUGAGCAAUAUUUACUGAAAGAGAAAGAAGAGAAAUCCACCACAGUGGCUAAUCCAGUGGAAGAAACUGAGGUUAAGGCCUCUUCAACUGCUCCAUCUGAGGAAGAUACUCCAAAAACUGAGGAAACCCCAGUAGUUGAGAGUAGUGAAGCUGUGCCUGCCACAUCUGAAGAAAGCAGUGGAGCCUCUGACUCAACGACACCGGAAAUUAAUGAAGCUUCUCCUCCUGUAGAGGCUGAGAGUGAAAAUCAUGAAUCCGCUGAUGAGACCCCUGAGAUUAAGCUUGAGACUGCGCCUGCUGACUUCCGCUUCCCUACUACAAAUCAAACAAGGCACUGCUUCACUAGAUAUGUUGAAUACCACCGAUGCAUAGCUGCAAAGGGUGAAGGUGCUCCUGAAUGUGACAAGUUCGCCAAGUAUUAUCGAUCCCUUUGCCCCGGUGAAUGGAUUGAUAGAUGGAAUGAGCAGAGGGAGAAUGGCACCUUUCCAGGACCACUGUAAACUGCAUAUUUUGGUUCCAACUCUAAUGCAUCUGAACUCUCAAAUGAAAAGGGAGAGUUCUAUGUGAACAAAUUGUGAUCAAUAAAGUUUUACGUUUCUGAUGGAAUUAGUGUAACCUGAUAAAUGAGUUAAUUGUUUAGAGUCCUUACUUGUGAUUAAACUUAGAAUAUAAAUUUCUUUACUAAACUCUUAUACUUGUUAAUCAUCACUUCAAAUGUUCUCUUAGAGAAUCAUAAUCAAUAAAUCCUUUUGUUUUUUUAA